UCUAUUUUGUUCUAAAAAGAAAAACAAAUCCUUCUUUCUCUAUUUAUAUUGGACUGAAGCGCAGCUUCAAUCACAGAGACGGAGGGGAGGGGCAGAGUUGGAUAUGGCCAGUGGGCAGAGUUCGCCGGACCCUUAUCCUAUGAGUGGUGGAGAUGGCCCCAACAGCUAUUUUCAAAACUCCGUCCACCAGAAAAGCAUAGUGGAGGCAACGAAGGAAAUGAUCAACGAAGCCAUCCAAGACAAGCUUGCCUUGAACAGUCCUUCAAACGCUUUCAAUAUAGCAGAUUUUGGCUGUUCUGUUGGACCCAACACAUUCAUUGCAGUGCAAAAUAUUAUAGAAGCUGUGGAGCUCAAGUACCAUGGCAAUCAUCAAAACCAUCAAUCCUUGGAGUUCCAAGUGUUCUUCAAUGAUCACACCAACAAUGACUUUAACACUCUCUUCAAAAACCUCCAUCACAAUCACUCUUGCAAAUUCUUUGCCGCCGGAGUACCAGGUACAUUUCAUGGCCGGUUGUUUCCCAAGUCCUCUCUCCACUUCGGUCACUCCUCUUUUGCACUGCAAUGGCUCUCCAAAACUCCCACGGAAGUGUUGGAUUCUAAGUCUCCUGCAUGGAAUAAGGGUAGCAUUCACUGCACAGGAUUUCACACAGAAGUUGCAGAGGCAUAUUCAUCUCAAUUUAAGAAUGACAUGGAGACGUUCUUGAAUGCUAGGGCACAAGAACUUGUGAAUGGUGGGUUGCUGGUAAUUAUAAUGCCUGCCCUACAAGAUGGGGUGCUUCUUUCUCAAAGUUCAAUCGGCAUGACUUAUGAUCUCUUGGGAUCUUGCCUCCAGAACAUGGCCAAAUCUGGAAUAAUUAGUGAAGAGAAGGUGGAGGCCUUCAACUUGCCGAUAUACAUUUCACCAGCGAAGGAUUUAGAAGCAUUGUUACAGAAAAAUGGAUUCUUUAGUGUUGAGAAAAUUGAUAGAAUAACUAGCAACAUGAACAUCAGCACCCUCACAGCGCAAUUUCUUACAUUACAGUUACGAGUGAUCACGGAAGAACUCAUCAAAGGACACUUUGGAAGUGAGAUUGUCGAUGCAGUAUUCGAACUUUUCAACAUAAAACUAUCUGAGAAUUGGUUUUCCAUCAUAGAUACGAAGAAUAAAAAAUUCAUGGACCUGUUCAUCAUUCUAAGGCGCAAUUUUUCUGAUUAAAGUUGUUUCUUGUUUCAAAUCAAUUAAUUCAAGCAAAAGACUUUCAUUAGCUUUGAAAUGUCAGUCCAGUGUGUUAUAAUU